GAUUCGCAUUAGCUCAUUGACUCUCUAAUCAUUCCAAGCCCAAGCCGCUUUUACAAACUAUAAUCCAAUCUUCUCCUUCCUCUUCUUUGUUCUCAACCCCCACAAUGGGUUCGAUUGGUGCCCUAGAAGAGCAUUUGCAGUACCCGAUUGCUCGCAGAGACGAGUCCGUCGUCGACGACUAUCACGGCGUUAAGGUCUCCGACCCCUAUAGAUGGCUUGAGGAUCCGGACGCCGAGGAAGUGAAAGAAUUUGUGCAGAAGCAGGUGAAAUUGACCGAGUCGCUGCUUGAGAAAUGCGAGACGAGAGAGAAGCUUCGAGAGAGCAUCACGAAGCUCUUCGAUCACCCGCGUUACGAAGCGCCUUUCAGGCGAGGGGACAAAUACUUUUACUUCCACAACACCGGGCUUCAAGCCCAAAACGUCCUCUACGUGCAGGAUAGCUUGGAUGGAAAACCUGAGGUUUUGCUGGAUCCAAAUUCGCUUAGUGAAGAUGGAACUGUCUCUUUGAACACGCUUUCGGUCAGUGAAGACGCCAAGUACUUGGCUUACGGGCUUAGCACUAGUGGUAGCGAUUGGGUGACGAUCAAAUUAACACGGGUGGAGGACAAAAAGGUUGAAGCUGAUACUUUAUCAUGGGUUAAGUUUUCGUCUAUUAGUUGGACUCAUGACAGCAAAGGGUUUUUCUACAGUCGAUAUCCUGCUCCCAAAGAGGGAGAAGGUAUAGAUGCUGGAACGGAGACCAAUUCUAAUCUUUACCAUGAGCUAUACUAUCAUUUCUUGGGUACGGAUCAAUCUGAAGAUAUUUUAUGCUGGAGAGAUUCUGAAAACCCUAAAUACUUGUUCGGAGCUGGUGUUACAGAUGAUGGGAAGUAUGUUCUUUUGCACAUUGAGGAGGGUUGUGACCCUGUCAACAAGUUUUAUUACUGUGACUUGUCUGCACUUCCUAAUGGGCUUGCUGGGAUGAAGGGGAAAAAUGAUCUACUCCCAUUUAUUAAGCUUAUUGAUGAAUUUGACGCGCAGUAUGUUGCCAUUGCAAAUGAUGACACUCUAUUUACCUUUCAUACAAAUAAAGAUGCUCCAAAGUAUAAGUUAGUCCGAGUUGAUCUUAAGGAACCAACUGUUUGGACUGAUGUUAUCCAAGAGGCCAAAAAUGAUGUACUUGAAUCGGCUUGUGCUGUUAAUGGUAACCAGAUGAUUGUGUGUUACCUGAGUGAUGUCAAGUAUGUUCUGCAGAUAAGGGACUUGAAAUCAGGUUCCUUGCUACAUCAAUUACCCAUUGAUAUUGGGACAGUUGUAGGGAUUUCUGCAAGGCGUGAAGACAAUGUUGUUUUUAUUGGGUUCACUAGCUUUCUUACACCUGGUAUUGUUUAUCAGUGUAAUCUAGGAACUGAGGUUCCUGAGAGGAAGAUAUUUCGUGAAAUUGUUGUUCCUGGGUUUGAUCGCUCAGAGUUCCAUGUCAAGCAGGUUUUUGUGCCCAGUAAGGAUGGUACCAAGAUACCGAUGUUCAUUGUGGCAAGAAAGAAUAUUCUUUUGGAUGGAUCACACCCAUGUUUGUUAUAUGGUUAUGGUGGAUUUAACAUUAGUCUCACACCAUCAUUUAGUGUUGGUCGAAUUGUGCUCACAAGGCAUCUAGGUGUUGUUUUUUGCAUAGCAAACAUUCGUGGUGGUGGAGAAUAUGGAGAGGAAUGGCAUAAAGCAGGCGCACUUGCAAGAAAGCAGAAUUGCUUUGAUGAUUUCAUUUCUGCUGCUGAAUACCUUACAUCUGCUGGUUAUACCCAGCCCAAAAAGUUGUGUAUUGAAGGUGGAAGCAAUGGUGGACUUCUUAUUGGGGCUUGCAUAAAUCAGAGACCGGAUCUUUUUGGUUGUGCUUUGGCUCAUGUUGGUGUUAUGGACAUGCUGCGAUUCCAUAAGUUUACCAUAGGCCAUGCAUGGACUUCUGAUUAUGGCUGUUCAGACAAGGAGGAAGAGUUCCAUUGGCUAAUCAAGUAUUCUCCACUGCAUAAUGUGAGGAGACAUUGGGAAGAGCAUCCAGAUCAAACCUGCCAGUACCCAUCCACAAUGUUGUUGACUGCCGAUCAUGAUGAUAGGGUUGUGCCAUUGCACUCAUUGAAGUUAUUGGCGACUAUGCAAUACGUUCUUUGCACGAGCUUGAAGAACAGCCCCCAGACCAAUCCUAUUAUUGGUCGCAUUGAGUGCAAGGCAGGGCAUGGAGCUGGACGUCCUACACAGAAAUUGAUCGAUGAAGCUGCUGAUCGGUAUGGUUUUAUGGCCAAGAUGUUGGAUGCUACAUGGAUUGACUAGGUGAAUGUAUGGAUUGACAGAAUGCAUCGUGCAUUUGGGAGAUUUAAUGGGAGGUUGGAUUAAAAACAUUUUUUCCCCCUUUUUUAAAGAAUUACAACCACAACAAAGAAAAAUACCAUACGCAAUAAUCUUGUUUGAAAGUUCCAAUUAUGAUUAUCAGCAGUUGUCUAUACUUGCUUUUUGGCCAUAAUUUAACUGAUUUUGAAGUAUUUCUUUUU